AUGGACGAAGCCGCGUUUGAUACCAGUCUUGGAUUUGAAGGCUCACAUGUGUUGGUGACUGGGUCAAGUGGCGCUAUCGGAUCGGUGGUCGUUCGAGCCUUCUUGUCCGCGGGAGCGUUCGUUACUGCAUUUGACAUUACAGAGACUAGAAAUGGGGUUGCUCACGAGAGGUUGCAUUUCCAGAAAGUAGACAUUACGGACGAACUCGGGCUAGAACAAGCAAUGGAGGAGGCAAGAAAGAAAUUCGGAGUCAUAUCAACUUGCAUUGCUGUCGCAGGGUUGGACCUGUCUUACCUGCCGCAUGUUUCCCUCGUCGACAUGCCGCUGGCAGACUGGAAAAGAAUCAUGAAUGUCAACGUCGACGGGACAUUUUUGACUUGUCGAGCAUGGCUGCGAGCUCUCCGCGAACAUGCCACUCCCGAAACAAAGAAUAUUUCUGCGGUCAUAUUUGGUUCCGAGGCAGGGAGAUUCGGCGUUGCAGAUUGUGCACCGUAUGCAACCUCGAAGGCAGCGAUCCAAUAUGGCCUGGUCAAGUCACUUGCUCGAGACGCCGUAAAUAUCAAUUCCAAGUGUCGAAUCAAUGCUGUUGCACCAGGACCAGUAGACACUGCUCAAUUCAGGAAAGAAUGCGAGGAGAGUGAGAACUUGUUGUGGCGCGAGGCUGAGGCGACAGUCGCUCUCAGGAGGUCGGUGGCCAUAGAAGCUGUUGCAAGGGCAUGUCUCUUCCUGGCAAGCGAUAACUAUGCCGGCAACGUUACUGGACAGUUGUUGCCGGUGGAUUGUGGGAAGAGUGGUGCUCUGUUCUGGCUUCCAGGUGGGAAAGAGGCCUGA